AUUGAAUCUGACUCAAGCUUUUUUUAUUGGAAACUCAUUGCCAAAACAACAAAAACAUUAGGGAAUCAUCCACAAAUGUCGUUAUAGCGAGGUUUAAGUUGAAAAAAGUUGUUUACGCUUAAAGAUUUGAAAAUAGUUGAGAAUUUAUUUAUUCACAAAAAUGAGCUAUAUUAGGCAUUUAAAAGUGCUCCAGCUGAUUAUUCUGACUCAAUUAUGUCUAAUGCAUCAUGUAUCCAGUAAGACCGUAAAUUAUUUAGAGCCAAAUUCAGAAGUUCAUGUGAUACCUGAAGAACGUAGAUUUGGAUAUGCCAUAGAGAAAAUGAAUAUAUUUUGCUAUAAAGGUGCUGAGAAACAGAUAUCUUACCUGCUUAAAACUGUAAUACUCAAUAUAGAUAUUGAGGACGAUGACUUUACGUGCUAUCAUGGAAAUACAGAAAAGGAAGUCAAGGAAGCACACGAGAACCAUAAAUCAAUCUUCUCAUUUAGCAUAUUCUCACAUAGUAAAAAGAGAAGCAUCAAACUUAAUCCAUUCAAUCAAACUUGCAUCGGAAUAUCCACAAGCAAUGAAUAUACAGUCAAUGUCAAGCAAAUUAGACUGGAUCUUACAAAAUGCUGUCUUCUUGUUGCUGGAUUAUUUCUCUUCUUGCUGUCAUCAAAGCUGAGCAAUAAUUCAGCAUUCUUCUACUUGUGUGGCAUUCUGCUUGGCGUUUUUGCUUCCAUUCUUGUACUUAUCUGGUUUAUAAGCAAGUUAAUUCCUAAGAAACCAUUAAUGUACGGAGCAUUAGUCUCUGGAUGGGCUCUAGUUGCUUAUUUCGCUCAGAUGGUUUUCGACAACAUCCAGCCAUUACUUUUUGUAUACCAGAAAUAUGUAGCAAUUUACAUCAUCACAACGAGUGUCAUCAGUUUUGGAGUGUGCUACUAUAUGGGUCCACCAAAAAAUGAUCGAACAAAGAAAUUAAUCAUGUGGGCGCUGCAGCUGUUUGGAUUAGUAUCAAUUUAUUUCUCGAGUGACUUUCUUGAAGCUGUUUUGGCUAUAAUUGGACUAGCUAUUGUUACUUACUACUUCCCAAAAGGCAAAUUUGUGUCUUUUCGUCGCAUUUACAAUCGAUUCUUCCCACCAAAACCGAGACUGCUUACUUCCGAAGAAUUUGAAGAGCUUGGACGUCGUGAAACUGAAAAGGCAUUAAAGGAACUUAGAAAUUAUGUAAAAAGUCCAGAUUGUAAGCAAUGGAAAGUCGUAAUGAAUUUAUCACAGCCAUUGCGAUUUGCAAGCUUUGUAGAAGGUGAUGCACAUAUCACUCAAGAUGAGACUGCAGAACAUGGUCAAAUUUUAAAUGAAUUAAGUACGGAUGAGGAAGAUUCUGACAGCAGUGGAUCAAUUAUUCAAGAAAGUAUUGUCGUGGAUAAAGACUUGAAUGUCAUCCCUAAGUCGAAAUUGCGGGAAAUGCCAAAUUUCAAUAAAGUUCGUGUCCUUAAUAACACAGGAAAAAUCACAACCAGUACGCCUACGUCAAAUGGAAAAGUGAAACGAAAUUUAAGGAACGAUUCGAGAAAAUCGACUAGAAAUGCAACGUACGAGUUAAGUGAUGACGAGGACUGACUUAAAGGUCUGUAAAUUGAUGCGUAAUUGCAAUUUGAGCCACGAAUAUCACAUUAAUAAAUUAUUGAGAUCUCAAAAAAUAUGAAAAUGGUUACAAAUGACUGCAAAUGAUGGUUCUUAGUGCGGGUUGAAAAAAGACAUAAUUUUUACGUAACAAAUUAUGUCACGAGAUUUUUAAAUUGUCGAAUAUGAAAGUUUAUUAAAAAUAUUUUUGACGAUUUUUUCUUCUUUGUUCAAUAAAAAAGGUUGUU